UAUUUAUUAUAUAUAAGUACACUGUAGCUGUCUUCAGAUACACCAGAAGAGGGCAUCGGAUCUCUUUACAGAUGGUUGUGAGCCACCAUGUGGUUGCUGGGAAUUGAACUCAUGACAAAGAGCAGUCGGGUGCUCUUAACCGCUGAGCCAUCUCUCCAGCCCCCCUUUCAUGGUCUUAAUGAAUCUCUGCCCUGCUGUUGUAAGUCGCUUUUAAAUAGGUGUGUUUGUUUCAAAAGGUGGUCAGUGUGUAUCACAUAAAACAUUUUCCCAUUUACUCAACAACAUUGAGUAUAUACACACUGUCCAACAGAGACAAUCUAUCUCCAGAGGUUUUCAUUGUGCAAGACCAGGGGUCUUCAAUCCUGAUGCUUCACCCUUUUAAGUAGAAAAAAUUAUUUUUGCCACUACUUCAUAAUUUUGUUACCAUCGUGAGUCAUAAUGUAAAUAUCUGUGUUUUCUGGUGGUCUUCGGCAACCCCCAUGGAGGGGUUCACAACCCACAAAGUGAGAACCACUGUGCUAGACUGAAACUCCACCGUGAUAGAUACAAAUUCCCUAAUUAAUAAAUGCCCUUCCCAAAUACAGCUAGACAACUACCAUUUAUUUUCUCUGAGUUUGAUGACCAGAUGUGUAAGGAGGAGCACCCUUUGGGGCAUCCCUGGAUUAGUGUAAGAGUUUUAAAAUCCUACCAGAUUGUAGCACGUGUCUGAGUCUCAUUACUUUUUCAGAAGGAAUACUGGAUUAUGGUUGGGAUAUGCCACAUCUUCUUUGCCCAUCUGUCUGUCCGUGACACUUGGAUGGCGUCCCCAUGGAUGGUGUUGCUAUGAACUCGGGGCUGCACACACUUCAGUGCUUGCUCUCAGUUUGAGUGCAUCUAGAAGUGGGCACCACCUGGUCCCUUGCUAACCCCGGUUAGCAGAGCAGUCAGUGUUUCCCAUAGCAAUGGCUCCACUUUAAACUGCCAGCAUCAGGAAGCAAGGGUCCCAGUCUUCUCUCCCUGUUCAUCAACAUUUGCUUUCUAUUUUUAAAAGUCAUUCCAAGGCUGGAGAGAUGGCUCAGCAGUUAAGAGCACUGACUGCUCUUCCAGAGGUCAUGAGUUCAAAUCCCAGCAACCAUAUGGUGGCUCACAGCCAUCUGUAGUAGGAUCCAAUGCCCUCUUCUGGUGCGUCUGAAGACAGAGACAGCGUACUCACAUAAAAUAAAAUAAGUCUUAAAAAAAAAAAGUCAUUCCAUUACAGCCUGGGCUUGCAUCUCCUUGUCAUCUUGAGUCUAUCAUCUCUUCAGAUGCUUGGUGGACAGCUGUUCAUUCAUUCAUAAGUAAGCCUUCACUCAUUCGUAAGUUGAGGGUUGACGUUAGCAAGUAUGUUUUUCAUCUGGAUUAAGACGUCCUUGUAACCAGUGAGCAGCCAAUGUCAUGUCCCCACGGUUGGACUCUUGACGUGUUUGGUCAGUACCUGUCCAGUAGCACUGGAUACAAUUGACUAUUUCCCCAAGAAAGAUGUGAGCUUCUGAGACAGCUGGCCCCUCAGUCACAAAACAGUCAUGUUAACACACACUUGGGUCCACAGGGCAAGAAAGGCCUUGUCCUGACUGCAGGCUUGGAGGAAUCAGUCUGCAGCAGCGGCCACCGGCCACCACCUUGACUUCAAGCUUCACCUGGGGUCCCUCUUCCUGGGAUUCUGUUUUCAGCUUCUAGGCCACCUGGGACACAGCCUCUGGUCCAGAGGAGAACUUUUCCCAGGCCAACUUCCCUCCCCCGUCGCACCCCCAUCCAGGCCCCAUUAUAUUGAACCUCGUGAGGAAGGAGGUGUUGGCUAGAAGUCAAUAUUUUUCAAAGUGCCAAAAUAAUCAAGUAAUUCCCAAGUGCUGACCAGUUACAGACCCUUGAUGAUCAAACACUGCCAGUGAACUGGCCGGAAGCAUAUACUUGGGUAUUUCUCUGCUGUUUCUUAGCUUGAUCCGUUAGUCCAACCAAAGUUGGCCAGGGCGGGGAAGGGCGGCGGCAUGUGGGGUGCCUCUCUGGCCUUUGGUGGGGGUGGGCGUGGAGGCGACCCCAACCCGCACCUCUGAGUGCAGGGCGUGUGCCCAGCAUCCUCCCCCCUGGCUGCGCGCGCCCCCCGCGCGCCUCCGCUCUAAAGUAAACACGGCGGAGAGGACCGGUGCCCCGCUCGCUGCCCGCCGGGCGAGCCAUGGCGGAGGCGGUGCCGGCCUCCCCUGCGGGCGGCCGCGGCCUGCACCGGGGUAUCAUCCAGUGGCUGGUUGACAAUUUCUGCAUCUGUGAAGGGUUCAGCGUGCCCCGAUGUCUCAUGUAUGAGAUUUAUGUAGAAACCUGUGGGCAGAGUGCUCAGAACCAAGUCAAUCCAGCGACAUUUGGGAAGCUCGUGCGUUUGGUUUUCCCCGAUCUGGGCACCCGGAGGCUGGGCACACGAGGAAGUGCCAGGUAUCAUUACGACGGGAUCUAUAUCAAGAAGAGCUCCUUCUUCUAUGCUCAUUACUGCUACCUGCUGGGUAAAAAGAGCUGUCACAGUGGCGACCUUGUUGCCUUCGGAAAGUCUCCUGAUUUUAACAACGUUCUCCAGCAGGAAGAAACAUGUGAAAGUCACUCACCGAUAAAGACGGACCCGAUGGGCUCACCUGUGUCUCCAUUCAGAAGAUGUCCAUUCUGGGAACAAGAGCUGGCGAACAAGUACUCCUGUAAGCUGGUGGUCUUUCUUGCUGAUGAAUAUUGCAACUACUGCCGAGACAUUUUACAGUAUGUGAGGAACCAAGAACUGGAGAAGGUGGAGGAUUUAAUCACCUCCUUCUGGAAAUCUCUGCAGCAAGACACAGUCAUGCUCCUGUCUCUGCCCGACGUGCGCCAGCUCUUCGGAUGCUAUGACAUGCAGCUAUAUAAGGGCCUGGAGGACACGCUGCUCCCGGACUUCCUGGAGGAUGUCAGUAUCCAGUACCUGAAAUCAGUCCGGCUGUUCAGUAAGAGGUUUAAACUGUGGCUUCUCGGUGCCCUGGAGGGUUUUCCGGCCAUCUUACAGAUCUCCAAGCUCAAAGAAGUCACUGGAUUUGUCAAAAGACUCAGGAGAAAGACAUACCUUUCCAACAUGGCGAAGACAAUGAAAAUGGUCCUGAAGAACAGCAGGAGAGUCGGCCUCUUGAAGUCAGACCUCCGCGCCAUUAUCAGAGAAGGCACCCUGGAUAUAUCGAAGAAGGUCCUGGAGGGUGACUCGGGGCACGAAGAGGAGCCAGAGAGCCACACAGAGAUGAAAUGCUUAGGCUGUUUAAUUUCUUUGCUGGAAACCUCAACAGAUCUUGCUGAACUCCUGAACUGUGUGUCUUCAAACCUCCAAGCGCUUGUCUUCCAGCCAAGCAAAAGCAAAGAGGAGUUUAUCAAGCUCGCCGCCAGCUUCCAACUGAAGUGGAAUUUCCUUCUCACCGCUGUGAGCAAAGCCAUGACCCUGAGCCACAGAGACAGUUUCGGUGCCUGGCAUCUGUUUCACCUGCUGCUGUUGGAAUACGUGAUCCACAUCCUGGAGUCAUGCAUGGAAGAGGAGGAGGAAGAGGAGGACCUGGGAAGCCUCCAGGACCUGCUGUCGGAUGACCAGUUCCUCACCCAGCCGGACCAGGCCCUUUUCCACUCUCUAGAUUCUCUGCCAGCAUCGGAAUGUGCAAGCCGGAACGUGGAGUCACCUCAGGUGACACUGAAACACAUGAGCCAGAGCUGCAGUCCCAUGGGUGUGAGCAGCAUGGUCCUCCAGGUGCUGGGCUUCCUGGUGGACACCGCCACAGGCAAUAAGCUCAUCCAGGUUCUGCUGGAGGACAAGGCUACUGAAAGCGCCGUGAAGCUCAGCCUUCCCGUGGGACAAGAAGCCCUCAUAACCCUAAGCAAUGGACAAAGAUUUGUGAUUCACAUAUCAGACGUGCCCCAAAGCUCAGAAAACACCUACUGCAGGAAAAGCGACUCGACCAUGCCAGGGGGCUUGCUGGAGUAGCGUGAGGAAGCAGGCUUGAAGUUUUAAAACACGUAUGAAGUCCUAAAGCUUUUGUAUUGCUCUCCGAGAGUUUAAUGUAUAUAAUAGAUGACGCAUUUUAUGUUUGUAAUUUUGAGGAAUUGUAUUUGAUCAAACUAUAAACUAAUUUUGAGAAUAA